AUGAAAGUAGUAUAAUUUAACAAUGGAUUGUAUUAUGGAUAACUUGAUUACUUUUAUAAAAAGAUAGGUUUAGGAGUUUAUGUUUAUGAUGAUUCUACUCUCUAUUAUGGAUAAUGGAAGAAUGAUCUAUAUAAUGGAGAAGGAUUGAUUAUAUUUCCAUAUGGUGCAAUUUUGAAAGCCACUUUUAAGAACCAUUCCAUAGAUGGAAUAGGAAUCUUCAUAACAAAUACUGAAGUACUCAUUGGAGAAUAUCAAAAUUCUGUUUUAAUGAAUAAAGCAUUACUGUUUAAUGGUAAAUAAUGGAAAUUGAGAUCAUUUUUCAAAAAUGGUCAAUAUGAAGAUGUGGAUUGUUAACCAAGUAAAGAAUAAAAACUAUUCUCUGAAUUCAUUAAACAAUACCCAUCACUCUAUAAAAGUAAACUAUUGUUAUCUUUGGUUGGGUUUAUGAUACAUGAAAAUUAAAUGUAUAUUGGAGAGUUUAAGAAUAAUAAACUAGAUGGAUUAGGUAGAAUCUUGGACUUUGACAAAAGAAUUUUGGAAGAUGGUUAUUAUAAGAAUGGAUUACUACAAAAAGGUUUUAGAUAUUAUGUUGAAAACAAUACAUUUGAAUAGGUUUAACUUGUAUUUGAAUAAGGAUCAUUUGAAUAUAAGAUAACAAUGAAAGGAAAUGAUUUCCCUAAUGAUUUGAUUUAGAAAUCAAGAGCUCUUAUGCAUCUUACAUCCAAAUAAUACAUUAGUAAAUCAUAAGAAAUUCAUUAUUUUCAUAAUAGAUAUCAAAAAUGCAAUCAUUAACUUAAACCAUUAUUAAAAAUUACACUAAAUCAAUUUAUUAUAGAUGAGGAUGUUUCAAAUGAAGGUGAAACAAAUAAACCAAUUGAACAUGUAAGAAAAGCAUCAUUCCAUAAUGAAAAGAAUAAAUAGUUAGAUGAGUAGACAACUACUAGAACCACUUCAUUUCAUGAAAAAAGUAGACAAUUUGAAUUAGAUAUGUAUAAAAUUGAUUUUGAAAAUGCCUUAAGACCUAUGCCUAUAAAUGUUAAAUAACCACAAAGAAAGAGGAUUUUUGAUAAAUAUAAUUUUUGA